UUUCUCACAAUUUUCCUGCAAAAUUUAAGCAAAAAGAUCGCCAUUCGUCAACAUUUCCGGCCCUGAUUAUACAAACCGGAAAAAGAAAGAAUCCGUUUGGAUGGCGGUCGCUUCUCCGUCUGCACCAAGCUUUUCGGUCUCUUUCCGUUGCAGAGGCGCUGCAGAGUCUUGCAUUUCCAAUCGCCUGACGCGGUUUCCUUCCGUUGCGUUUACGCGUCCCCACCACCGCCAGUCUCUACCUUACGUCAAACGGCUCUCCAUUGCGUCGAGUCUAAAUUCGUCAAGAUCCUCCCAGGAUGGCGACGUUCAAUACGAGUUUCAACAAAGGGGCCGGCAGGAAGGGUCGCCAGUCUACGUGAAGCUCCCCGUGGACGUGGUGGGUCCGACGGCGGGACAGGUACGGCGCGCAGAGACCAUGCCCUAUUCGCUCCAUGCGUUGGCUGCGGCUGGGGUGGAAGGCGUGGUGCUGGAGAUUUGGUGGGGACUGGUUGAGAGAUAUGCGCCUGAAGUUUACAAUUGGCAUGCGUACAUGGAGCUGGUGAAGUUGGCCAUGCGCAGCGGAUUGAAGGUUCGGGUCGUUAUGGCUUUUCAUCAGUGCGGUACGGGACCUGAUGACCCUCACUGGAUUUCUCUCCCUACUUGGGUGCUUCAGGAGAUUCAGCAAAAUCCUGAUUUAGCAUAUGCUGACAAAUUUGGUAGAAGAAAUAUGGAAUAUAUUUCCCUGGGAUGUGAUACUCUUCCUGUCUUGGUGGGACGCUCACCUCUCCAAGCAUAUGCAGAUUUCAUGAGGAACUUCAGAGACACCUUCAGACAUUUUCUUGGUUUUAUAAUUACUGGAAUCCAAGUUGGGAUGGGUCCAUCUGGUGAACUAAGGUAUCCUUUGUGCACUUUUGAACUAAGGUAUCCUUUGCGCAGUUCUGAAAGGCUGACAUGGUCUAGGCACUCACAUGAACUUGGAGAGUUUCAAUGCUAUGAUAAGUAUAUGCUGGCAUCUCUGAAUGCCCGUGCUAAAGACAUUGGGAUGCCUGAAUGGGGCAAUGGGGGUCCUGUUGGUGCUAGCAAUUUGAUUCAAAAUCCUGAAAAUACUGACUCUUUUGAAAGUGAUAGUGGUUCAUGGAAUACACCGUAUGGUAAAUUUUUUCUUGAAUGGUACUCAGGGAUGCUCCUUUGGCAUGGGGAGAUGAUAUGUAGGGAAGCUGAGAGCAUUUUUCAGGGUACUGAAGUUAAUAAAUCAACAAAAGUGGCAGCGAUAUACCGGCAUUAUGACACACUGUCUCAUCCAUCGGAGCUAACAGCUGGCUACUAUAAUACUUCCUCCAGAGAUGGAUACCUUCCUAUUGCUCGCAUGUUUGCUCGGUGUGGGUUUACACUGUGCUGCACUGGUUUUGAAAGGCAAGAUGCAGAAGAGAAAAAGAGGAACCCUGUAAGUAGUCCAGAGGGAUUUCUCAGGCAGCUUCUGUUGGCUGCAAAGGUUUGUGAUGUACCACUAGAGGGAGAAAAUUAUGCAACUACUUUUGAUGAUGAAUCAUUUCAACAGGUGCUCAAAAUGUUAAAAUUCUAUUCAUAUGGUCAAGAAAAGUACUCCCUUUCAUUCAACUUUGAGAGGAUGGACAAAAACUUAUUUGAUAAUCAUAAUUGGAUCCGUUUUGUUCGUUUUGUGAAGCAAAUGUCUGACGCCAAUACUUUUCGAGCCAACUUAGGCAUUGAAGAUGAUAUGCACUGGUCCUCCGCAUCAUCACUACCCGCAGCAUCCAGCAUGGGUCCUUAUGCUAAAACCAUGAUUCUCCUUCUCCUUCUAGUCUAUCUCGAUCCUUUCAUAGGCAGAGUCAAGGCCAUGGAGCAUGCUGCAACUGCAGCAAACUCUGCAACUAAUAAGGGUAUGAAUCAAGUGAAAAUGAGGAAGCUGACACUAGAAGUUGACACUCUAAGGGACUAUAACCCGAUUCCAAAUCCUAAACAUGAACCACCGCCGAAAGGAAAAUCUGGAGCACCAGCAGGAGGUGGCAACUGAACCUGAGCUAUAUAAGCUAGUAUUUUAAUUCAAAGUUGAAGGCCCUCGAGAAGGAUUACUUUCUUCUACUACUAAACUAUGCUCUUUUGGUGGCCCUUGAGAAGUACUACUUUCUUGUACUACUAAACUAUGCUCUUUUGGUGGCUUUUGAAUCUACGAAGUUGCUUUCUUCUUCUUUUUGGGGAUUGUCUGUAAGCUCUAUGAGCAAUUUUAAUUGCUUCCAAGUUAUGAAUAAAUGUAAAUAAUGGGUGUCUCAUGGGCGUAUUCAAGUCUUUUCUUCCUUA